AUGGAGACCUACAAAGCAGCUAUCACUGUGACCUGGGACAAGCUUCGAGGUACCCAGGGCCAGGAACAGCGCCUUUGGGAGUGCGAAGACUUGGUGAUCCUCCGCACUAUCCCCUACAGUCAGGAGAUUGAAGGGUCCAACCACGGUGCCCGUCACGCGCUCCCAGCUUCCAUCAUGGCAGCCAACAACGGUCGCCGUUGCAUCGUCACUGGUGGUGCAACCGUGGCUUUCAGAGAGCUAUCUGAUGAGGUCUUGAAACCCGACUUCCUCAAGGCCCUUGCCAAUAACGGCUUCACCCAUCUUGACGUCCAAUGCGGCAAGUACUUCGAUGAGCUCAAAGAGAAGUUGACGAGCAUCGAUACCUUCGAUAUCCGAGUCACCUGCUUCCCAUUCGACAAGAAUCUCAAGAGUCGCUUCGCUGCUCUCCGUGGCGGUCUUCGUGACGGCGGCAACGAGAGAGUCCCCUCAGGCUGUGUUAUCUCUCAUGCUGCAACUGGCACUGUCUUGGAUGUAUAUCCCAAUGCAGUCCCCAUGAUUGUCGUCGCCAAUCCUAACCUCAUGGACAACCAUCAGGACCAGUUCGCCACACAUGUCGCGACGAAGCUUCCCCUGAUCAUUCAAGGCCAACUUGGCGAGAUUCACAAGUCCAUUCCCAAGGUCAUGGAGUUGAUCGAUCACUGGAAGCUCGAUUAUCUCCCUCCCUAUCGGGCGCCCGCCUUCCCGAUGUCGGAGGAGGAACGCAUGAAGGUCUUCGAUUGGAUGUUGUUGGAGUGUUAUGAACCCGACUGUCUUGAGAAUGCCUUCAGCCACUUUAUUGCCGGCGACCCCGAGAAGGUGGUCGAGUUUGAGCGUCAAGUUGCCCAAGCUCAGGACGCCGGGCGUCAGACAGGCUGGGGCUGGGUGCCCCGAAGCAUCACCCGCUUCUUCUGGUAA